AUGAUGAAGGUCCUUACGGGGAAGGACCUCAAGCCCUAUUGGGCCGAGAUUGCCAAGGGCAUCUCCAUGGAGGAGUGGAGGAGCAGGAUGAAAAGGGCAAUGGACAGAGAGCCUAGCCUCAAGGCAGUGGGGAAGUUGCUCCUGGACUCCAUCUUGUCCCUCAAGACGGCCCUGGGAAACUUCGCUCGCACACACGCGAACCCGGAGGAGCUGCCCCCGGGCGACGAGCCCACCUCACAAUCAGGUCGUCGAGGGCAACAUGGGGACUUGAUGCCGAUCCACCCCGCCCUUGUUGUGCAAGGCCUGGAGGGAAUCUCCACUAACAACCUCCACUGGGUCCGUCUCAUUUUGCUUGGGCUUGACUUCAUGUACUGCUCGGCCUGGUCCAAGGCGGUUUGUGUCCCAAUGGCAAGGACCCUCACUACCAACCAAAAGGAAGCUGUCAAGCGAAUCGGGGAGCAGGUGGACCGACUCAUUGGAAGAGGAGACCGGCUCCCUUCGGCUAAGGCCGCGGCGGCAAAACUAUGUUCCAAGAAGUUUGACUACAACGGCCGCCCGGUUGAGCACAUGAGGGACCUCGUUGCCGACAAGGUGCUGAAGGCCUGGCCAAGGGUCGGGUCCGCGGCGGUCGUUGACUUGAAGGACUGCCUGGCGGACGAGCUUCAGGCGGCCCUCGACCGCCCGCGUGAUUAUCUCCUGCCGGAGACGGAGCUCCCUGAUAGACAUCGGGGGUCGAAGGUGAGGGCCUCGGAGGAGGAGUGGUUUAAAAUAGUGAAGGCCGGCUACGACCGAGGUAUGUUUGUGUCUGUCGAGGACCAAGAAGUGCCACGGGACAAGCAGGGGCACCUCAUCACGAAUGGGGCCGGAGCGGUGGUGAAGAUGAAGAAGGAAGGGGGCCGCGAUGUGGAAGCUCAGCGGUUCAUAUCGGUCCUUUGCCCAACCAACGAUGCAAUGAGGCUGCUGCCUGGGGCGCAGGACAAGCUUCCCUACAUCGGCCAGCUUACCGCCAUCUUGGCGGACAAGGACUCCUAUCUGGUCCUCGAUUCUGAGGACCUACAGUCGGCAUUCAACCUGUUCAGGAUGCCACUGGAGUGGGCACCGAUGUUCAGCUUUGCCCAGAAGGUAAGAGGAGAUGCCCUGGGAGGAUCCCGCAAUGUCAUGCUCAGACCGGCGCUUCGGGUGGUGCCCAUGGGCUGGACGAGCGCCGUGACCCUCAUCCAAGCAGCUAUCAGGCACAUUGCCUAUACGAUAGCCAAGAUCCCUCCCCACAGGGAUGUCACGAUGGAUCAAGAGCUCCCCUCGGCCGGGGCAAUGACAAUCCUUUACCUCGACAACUACGACGAGAUCAGGCACCUCAAGAAAGAGCUGGCUGUGAAGGAGUCGGGCCAGCCCUCGCCCCACCACCAGGCGUUCAUAGAGGCCUGCAACACUCUGGGCCUUCCCCGGAAUGAGGCCAAGCAGCUCUGCGGCGCUUUGUCGGGAACCCUCCAAGGAGGAGAAAUCUUAGGCGACUCAAAGAUAUUGAGGCAUGCUUAUGAUAAGUCAGUUGAGCUUAUCGGCCUUGGCCUGGGGCUGCUGGUGAACGGCACCAUGCCUGAGCACUGCCUGAGGCAUUGGACGGGCAAAGCCGCUUUCGCGGCGGCCUUCCGGAGGCCGAUGUACUCACUUCUGCAAGAGGUGUAUGGAGUGCUCGAGGUCAACCGUGCUGGGGCCCACCUGGCGUUGCCGACCCCGGUGGUGGACGAGGUUCUUGUGUUCACGGCACUCCUUCCUUUCUCAGAGACGAGCCUCUCCUCGGAGAUUUCUCUUGAAAUCAGUUGCUCCGAUGCAUCGCCUACGGGCGGGGGUUGCUCGGUAGCAACAGGGUUCAAGGACAAGACUUUGAUCCUUCCCGACCCGGUCGCCGAUGAGAACUUUUGCGGGGCCUGUGGCAAGGAGAUGAACGAGCCGAGAUGGCGCACAUACCCCUGCCCCAGGCGCUGCGGGCUCCGAUGCUGCUCUCUUAUGUGCACAAGGAGCCACGGUGACUGCUGUGUACGGAAGUGGUGGCACACCCCUUCCUUUGGGGAAAGGUUCUCGGGAAAAGCCUUCCCUUUGACAAAGGCGGUGGGCCUGAAGGGAAUCUCCACGCAGCCUCCGCUGGACUACAGUGUGGCGGGGGACCAGUGGGACUUCCGCACCAAUGAGGGGAAAGCCCGGUUGGAUGAAGCGGAGGCCGACGGCGAUCUAAUGUGGACCCACUGGUCCCCUACGAGAAUCACCUUCCUUUCGGACCGCCGAACUGGGUACUGGGACUGGCAGGGCUACUGGGUCGAUGGGGCGACUAAGCUCCGGGACCGUAGCCACCCCGAGGGGCUCCCGAAGCUCAAGCAGCACCUCAGCGUGGCGGUGAGGCAAGCGAAUGCCACAGCGAAGCGGGCAGCACGGGGAUUGGUGGAGGCCAACCCAAAAGGCAGGUUCGCCUCGCUGGAGCAUCCGUAUAACUCCUUCCUGUGGAGCCUCCCGGAAAUCAAAGCUCUCCAAGGAGAAGGCUGGUACCACUCGAUCUUCUCGACCUGCUGCCAUGGAAGCCCAAGAGAGACUUGGCUGUGCGUGUUGCACAACUCCGCGUCGCUUCACGCGGUGCUCCACAAGCCGGUUUGUGACGGCCACCCUCACCUUGAGUACCCGGCAGAGGAUGAGGAUGAGGAUGAGUUUUCCGAGUACCCUUGGGGCCUCUGCCUGGUGAUGGCGGAGGGAAUCUACGAUGAGCUCAACUCGCUCAACUCGGAACCGUUUGGGUCUCUUCCUCGGAGCCUGGAGCGGCUUCUGCACCACCAGCUGCAAGGUGCUACCAAAGGCCUUCAGCAGCAAGCUGCGGUGGACUGGGCGGUGGCGCAAUGCACCGCCUUUCUGGACACCAUGGAAGCGGGCAAGGAGAAGGAGCACCUGGUCUGGCUCCUUCGCCACGCCUACCACACAGGCUGCGAUGUCAGACUCACCGACCGGGGCGAAGAUGUCGUGGGCCACCGUCCAGGUCCAUAUCCAGCUUUUCGCUGGCACUGGAAGGACGUCCUGUCAUAUAAGUGGCGGGAGCCUCAGCACAUCAAUGUGCUGGAGAUGACGGCGUUCCUCACGGAGCUGCGCAGAAGGGCGCGGAACAAUGAGGAGCUCGGCAAAAGAUUUUUCUGUAUUGUCGACUCGCUGGUCUCCUUCUACGUGCUCGGCAAGGGAAGAUCGUCGUCAAAAAGGUUAAACAGAGUCAGCCGCCGCAUCGCCAGCCUUUCCCUAGCAUCAGGCCUGAUCCCCAUGUGCUUAUGGACCAUCAGCAAGUGGAACUUCUCAGAUGGUGCGUCUUAUGAGAAUGCAGUGGCGGCUCUGUUUCAAUACCUUCACGCCCUACGGGGCAGGCUUCCUCGCACCAUGCCGGAACUGGAUGAGGCACUUGCAGAAUACAUCAAUCACCUUUACCAGGAAGGUGAUACGGUGACCCAGGCCGGGUGGACGCUCAGCGGUCUGAAGCGCUUCUACCCUCGCUGCAAGCCUCAUCUGCUGACCUCGCAGCUUUUUCUGCGCAAUUGGCAGCGGGUCCAUUUGCCUCAACGGACCAGCCCGAUGACGUGGCUAGGGGCCAAAGCUAUGGCAGGUGCAGCCUAUAAAGUUGGGCGGCCUGACCUGGCUCUGUCAAUCCUUUUGGGUUUUGCCUUCUUCCUGCGAACUAUGGAGCUGCUCUCUUUGACGAUUCGGCACCUUCGCAUCUUCCCGGAAGAAGGCACCAUCAUCAUUGCCAUUGUUAAUUCAAAGACCUCUCGAGGCCUACAGCAAUCCCUCUCUUUAAAAGAGCCGGGGCUCGUGGCAGUUAUUUCCUUUCUGUUGGACCGGGUACGCCCGAGUUCCCUUCUUUACACCCGCUCGGCGGUUGCGUUCCGCAAAGAGUUUGGGUGCCUCGUCCGAGCCAUCGGCUUUGACCCGCAGGCCUUCCUCCCGUACUUUUUGAGGAGGGGAGGAGCUACCGAAUACUACCAGCGCACUCAAAGUCUUGGCCGCACCAUGGUGCAAGGACGGUGGAAAGAUUCACAAACAGCGCGCAUCUACAUCGAUGAUGCCCGAGCCACUCUGGUGCAACUUUCUCUUUCCCCUCCCACUGCCGCCCUUCAACGUUGGCGCAGAAGAGUGCGGCCGGAGGAUCCUCCUACGGGAGAGGGGCCCAAGGGCCGGCUCAG